GUCCUCCAUUCAUCAUUGAUCCACUGCAGGACUGGGUUUCAGGGUCUGUGAAUUAUGGGCCCCUGCUGUCACUGUGACUGCUCUGCGUUUGGACAUUUCACCUCGACACUGUAAAUUUUACAAAGGGGAGGAUUUAACAUUUUUGCUGACUCCUAAUUUCAGAUCCGUAUAGCUUGAACCAGAGAGCAGACAGACAACUGGCCGGUCCCCCCGACAGAAGACUUAUUCCGCAAUUGCAGGAUUUGGGAUUCUUAACAAGGCUAUACGGGGAGAGAAACGGUGAUUCUUGAAUCAGAGGUAACCGGUUACUCUGCAGACUCUAUCUCUCCACAACGGAAUAGAAAACAGAUAUCGUUUAUUAGUUGACUGGGCGUUUUGGACGCGCUCGCUAAACGGUGAUGCUACGGCGGCGCGCAGGGACCACGCAGGGUAGAGACAGGUGAGGUGCGGCUGAGGAGCUGCUGCUGGUAUUUCACUGAAGCUUUGGAUACCGAAAGCUGUGUAAUCCAUCAGCCCCCUUUCUCCACUGAGAAGGACGAGAGCGACCGGAGAGGGCGAGCUGGCGACUGGCACCUGCCUCUGCCUCCCUACCUGGCCAUCUGGUGCGUACAUGUGUGUUGCUGCCAUGGCGACCGUGGCUCCUCCCCUCACAUUUCUUCUCCUGCUGCUUCAACUGGCUGACGGCUCAUUCCCAGAGGAACCCAGUCCGCUCAGCUACGUCCCCAUUGAGGUUGUGCGGAGGUAUCCGGUGUUCCUGGGCAGAGCUCAUCGUUCCGCUCAGAGACAGGAGCUGCACAUCCAGACGGUCCUCCAAGUCAACCGCACGCUCUACAUAGGAGCCAGAGAUGAUUUGUACAGAGUGGAGCUGGAUAACAUGGCAGGUGAAGAGAUGUUCUACAGCAAGAAACGGACGUGGGAAUCCAAUAAGAACGAUAUUCGAGUGUGCCGAAUGAAGGGCAAACAUGAGGGAGAGUGCCGUAAUUUCAUCAAGGUUCUUCUCAGCCAUCAUGGUGGUCUGUUUGUGUGUGGAACAAACGCUUUCAACCCACUGUGUGCCAACUACACUAGAGACACUCUUGAAUUGGUGGGAGAGCCUGUAAGUGGGAUGGCCCGGUGCCCAUAUGAUCCACGACAUGCCAACGUGGCUUUAUUUGCAGAUGGAAGUCUCUUUACGGGCACUGUGACUGACUUCCUGGCCAUCGAUGCAGUGAUCUAUCGCAGCCUCGGCGACAGCCCCGCCCUCCGCACGGUCAAACACGACUCCAAAUGGUUCAGAGAGCCUUAUUUUGUGAGCUCUAUGGAGUGGGGGCCUCAUAUUUAUUUCUUCUUCAGAGAGAUGGCCAUGGAGUUUCAUCAUCUAGAGAAGGUGAUGGUGUCCCGCGUGGCUCGUGUGUGUAAGGCAGACCUGGGUGGCUCUCAGCGUGUCCUGGAAAAACAGUGGACCACAUUCCUGAAGGCACGGCUCAACUGCUCCGUCCCAGGAGAUUCACACUUUUACUUCAACCUCUUACACGCCACCUCUGGAAUUAUCCACAUGCAGGGACGGGAUGUCAUCCUGGGUCUCUUCUCAACACCCCCAAACAGCAUCCCUGGCUCUGCAGUGUGUGUGUUUGACAUGCAGCAGCUCGCUCACGUGUUCGAGGGUCGGUUUAAAGAGCAGAAAUCUCCUGAGUCUAUUUGGACUCCUGUGCCGGAUGAAGCAGUGCCCAAACCAAGACCAGGAGGAUGUGCAGUGCAGGGAUCCAGAUUUAGCUCCUCUACCACACUGCCAGAUGAGGUGCUGAACUUUGUGAAGACCCACCCGCUGAUGGAUGAGACUGUUCCACUGCUGGGGCACAGACCCUGGGUGGUCAAGACUAUGGGACGGUACCAGCUGACAUCCAUGGUGGUGGACACAGAGGCAGGUCCACAUAAGAACCGUACAGUCCUCUUCCUGGGCUCGACCAGAGGAACCAUCCUCAAGUUUCUGAUGAUUCCCAGUGGAGAUUCAGUCUCCCACAGCAGUGUGUUUCUGGAGGAGGUAGAAGGAUUCAAUCCAGAGAAGUGCGGUGAGGACUCUCCUCAAGCCCGUCAGCUCUUGUCUCUGUCGUUGGACCGGUCAAGUCACACUUUACUGCUGGCCUUUCCCUCAUGUCUGGUCCGUGUGCCCACAUCUCGCUGCCACCUGCACUCACGCUGCAUGAAGAGUUGUUUAGCCUCCAGGGACCCGUACUGUGGCUGGACCAGAGGCAGCACCUGCUCCUUCCUGAGACCAGGCACACGGCUGCCUUUUCAACAAGAUGUGGAAUAUGGAAACACCUCCUCCCAUCUAGGAGACUGCGAUGGAAUCCUGCAGCAGAGUUUGCUAAUAGAACCAGAAAGCCUGGUCUCGCUCAACCUGCUGGUGGCAUCCGCAGUCUCUGCGUUCACCAUUGGGGCGGCGCUCUCCGGCCUUGCUGUUUGUUGGAUCAUGGCCCACAAGCCCAGGAACCGCCGCCACACCAACUCUCAGUCCGCAAUCCAGCGACGUGAAAGAGGCUUGCUUAGUAAUGGCGGUGGGAUGGGAGGCUCUGUUCUUAGCGUGACAAGACAAGGAGGUGGAGAACGCCCCUGCACUCAGACCGGGGAAACCCUAUUUGUCAUGCCCAACGGCUGGGUAAAGUCAGGGGAGCUGGACCCGGGUUUCCUACCAACACCAGAGCACACACCCCAGCAGAAACGCAGAGGCUUACGUCUGUCUGACUCCAACUCUGGAGGGUGGGACACCAGCCAGACAUACCUGGGGGGAGGCUCCGUGGGAUUGGGCUCCCCCUGCCGCAUCCCCCCCUCUGUCUACCUGACCACCAGACUCUUCCAGCAAGGGGGAGGCAUGAGACAUGUCAGUGAAGGAAGAGGGAAUGACACGCCACGCCAGCACUAUGUCUGCCUCAGCAAACAAGAAAAAGGGAAGGGGACGCCCAAAGCCCCUCUUAGGAAGUCUGCUGGGGAGUAUGUGUACCCCAUGACCCCACAGGACUCGCCUGAGCGCAGGAGGGUGGUCUCAGCACCCAGCGCCCCAAUGGAGUACAGUGAACCGCUGCCUUUGCGCUGGCCUGCCCCUGAAGGAUACAUCCUCAGCAGCCACGGCAUGGUCCCUGUCCCUAUGCCUCCACCCUCCAUGCCCCCUCCCAGCAGCCAGGCCUACAUGUCCCAGCAGCACACCCCCGGGCUGAGCCGGGCUUUGCUGAGGGGGGCUCUGGAGAGAGGGGAGCUGGGCGAGCUGGUUGAUUUGAGCCAGCUCAUGAGCAAGAAGAACUGCAGUGACAGGACUCAGACUGGCCAGUGACUGUUGCCAAAAUGAAGAAAACGUCCAGAACUCUGUUUUUGUUUACACAGAUCUCUCUUUUCCUCCUCAUUCUGUCCGCCUCCUCUUCCUCUCUCUUUCUCCUAGUUCUCUUUUCCUGACAUCUUUAUUGUCAUUCAGCCCCUCUGCUCUCCUCUGUCAGUCUCUCAGGCAACCCCACUCCCCCCCUCCCCCCAUUACCCCUUUCCUCCCAUGAUGAGUCUCUCUUUAUGACUGGUUGCUGGGUCUGCCACUCAUAUCCCAGCUCACGCUAAUUGGUUCGGUGGGCUGAGGUUGUUGCUGUGUCUGCAUUGCAGAGUUGCCUUUCUCUCUCCUGCAACCGAGCGGCGGCAGCAGGAAGAGGGAGGGAGGAUGAGGAGGAAGAAAGAAGAAAGAAAGAGAGAAAGGAAGAAAAAAGAAAAGAAGGACAGCAGAGCAGGGGGCCCUUAGAGGAUGUGGACAGAGACAAAGAUGGACAUAGCACUUAAAGGCUGCCUUCUCUGUGCAGAUUAACUGUGGCUGCAGGAGUGGAAUGCUUUCUCCCUCUUGGAUCACAUUAACAAGACUGCCACCCAUCUGUUCCCCGUCUACAUUACCUGUUGGUCUGUUUGCCAACAAGGUACUUUAGGUAAAACUGCAAAAUCUAAACAUCAUGAAAGUACUUGAAGCUGGAGGUGACUCAUCAGACAAAUAAACCGACUGUAAAAACAACUCUAAUGGAUGAUAAGGAAACACAAAGUCCUUCUCUUUGUGUCUUUUUCUUCUUCUUCCUCUUUGCAGCACACACAGUAGAUGCUAAUGUGUUCUUGUACAGGUGGCAGAGGGUAUUUAGUAUUCUGUGUACAUGAGAAGGAAGACGUGUGUGCUAAAAUGCCUCUAACCUUGUCUCACAGGGAUAUGGGACCAUAACUCACGUCUUUCUGGAGCAGAGUGCAGGACUGAAAUGUCAGCACUAUUUCUGCCAACCGCAUGCUCUCUGUUCGUUUGCCUUCUUACACGCCAUGUACUGUUUAAUGAUCAAUAAUUUUGUGUGGACGUCUGGGGAGAUUGCAGCAGAAAGUGGGAGAAAGAGAGAAAGACAGAGAGAGGUGUUUUAGAGGUUUUAAAGUAAACACUCUGCAAUAUAUGAACACUGUCCUUCACUGUCACCUGAGGGCUUUCAGCACGUACACACGUAUCCAUUAAUGCUCCAUUAUAGAAUGCAGUCUGGUUUUAUUGGGCAAGAUAUCCCUGUAAGCCCAGAGUGGGUCAAGGUCCUGCAGACAUGACAAAGAACAAAGUGACAGUUACAGUGGUGAUGAUUGAAACAGCAGGCUUAACUCAGAGCCAAUGGGGGUAAUGGAAAUGUUCCCAGCAAGCAAAUGGGACUGUAUAUUCAGCCCAUCAAAGUGUCAUGGCACCGGACACGUAUAGAUCAACACAACAUGGUACGAGUGUGUAAGCGAGGAGAUAAAGGUCAUAAAAAAAGAGACAAGAUAAAGAAGUGAAAGCUUGUACAAGUCGAUGAAAUUAGGUGCCCCAAUAACAAGGAGUGAGAGUUUGAUAUAUUUGGCUCAAUUUUCACUUGACCCUGUCAGAAGUCGACAAAUGAAUGAAGUUAAUGCUGACCUUGCAGCAAUAUAUGGUUUAUCUGUACAUAGUGAACUUUACUUUAGAUAAAAUGAAAAUGUAAGACACACAGUAACUCCAACAAAAGAAACAAAAAAAACAUCAGGUGCUAAGCUUGCAAACAAGAAUAAACAUCUUUCACGCCAUUAAAUCUAUAAAUGAGUGGAAAUGUGUUUUCCUGUAAGUGUCCUGUCGGCCUGCUCCAGAUUCAAAUUGGCAAACGACUUUAGUUAAAAUAGUGUCUUCUUUCAUAACAUCUAAAUGCCAAGUUAUGAAUGAUCAACUGAUGUCUGGUUACUGAAGCAAAAACAUGAGCAGAAACUUGUUUUUAAGUGCCAUGAACAUCGUUGAAGUCAACGGUGUUAGAGAUCUGAUUAUUGCAGUAUAUUUGUGAUAUUUUUGCCUUUGACCAUUCAUGCUGAAUGUUUUCUUAUUUUAAUGUUUUAAUGUGAGUUUGAAUGUGAAACUCCUUUUCUAGCUCCUUCACUCCUGAUGAAUGUUUCAGUGUUUGAAGGUCUGUUGAUGAAUUACUCAGAAACACCAUGAUGCCACUCGUAUAUACUGUAAAUAUGUAAAGAUGAAUACCUACACCUUGUCAUGCCCUUUAUGAUUAUACUGUAAUGUUUUCACUGAUGCCAUGACACAAACUGUGUUGAUUCCAGGACAGCCAGUAUGUAAGUACAAUGAUGUAGAAGUAGUUCAAAGGCAAACCUUCAAACAGCCUGAAAUGUUGAAAGGAACACUGUGUAACUCAUUUUCUGUUUCUCAUGUUUUUUUGUCUUGCUUUUGAUUUUAAGAGCUGCAACAACGAGUUCAUUCACAGAUUGAAAAGUAAUGAUAUUGUCAAUUCAUUUUUAGUAAAUGUAUCAUUUAGUAGGGGUGCGUCUAGUAAUACUUGACUGGGGGGGCAACUGGGGCAUAUACUAAUGCAGGGGGUGGCAUGAAGUAUGUGUGUACACCAUAGACUGUAUAAAAUAUGGACAUAGUAUCCGUGACGUCCCCCAUCUGUUCCUGAACACUGUUUUGAAGCCAAUCGACGGCGGCAGCCAUAUUGAAAAUGCAGAACUCAACCAUAGUGAGGUAAAGAGGCGGAGUUUGAGCCUCCUAGCCAACAGCUAUGUGUUCCCGUCCGUGAGUCAAGUCAGUCAUGUGCCGAUAGAGAAAUUAGCUUGGAGAGCCAAGGCUUUUUUUUCUCAACCAGGCUGUAAACAUGUUUAUUAAUGCUGUAAAGAUCGUCUUCUUUAAAUUGGUGUCUAUGUGGCUUCCGGUGUUUCUGCAUCCAGCCUCAAGUGGAUUCUCGCAGUUUAUGCCACUUCUGUAUGGGCUUCAUAGUUUGAGACCGGAGGUUGCCGCUUGGUGUACACAGUAUACACACACAAACACAACCUCAUGACCUUUUCUGUCUGAAAUAACCACGUCUACUUAAUAUACCAACAUUUCUGCUUCAAACAGCUGUUACAUGCUUGUUUGUAAUUCUUUACAGUUAAAUAAAGUUCAAUCUUCUUGACGUGGAAUACUGUCAGGACUUAUAAGAAGAUGUUGGUCCAGAAUAACAAUUAAAAUAUAAAAUAAAGGGAAAUAAAUCUACUGAUAGCCUCUUGUAUCUCAGUCCCUCAAAAAGCUGAUUGUAGCAAGUCCAGCCUCUAUAAAGGCAAACAGCCAACCAUAGUUUAGGAUUUUGGGGUAGCACAAGGGGUGGCCCGUCAGAUUUCUUAGGCACAUGCCACCCCAAGCAAACCCUCUGGACUCAUCCCUGUUAAGUUUUUUUUGUUUGUUUUUUUUUAAUUAAAAAUGUAAUUUGCUGAUUCUAGCUUCUUGAAUGUAAGGAUUUGCUGCCUUUGGUCAACUUGUUUGGAAAGUUUUGAGGGAUUAGACUGUUGGUCAGACAGCAAACAAAUUAAAGAUUGUGUGAGAUUUCAGUCAACAUUUUUUACAACUUUCUGACAUAAAGACUUUAGGAUUAAAUGUUAAAUUAUUCACACAAAAAACAAUCACAUAAAUAAUCAUUUGUUGCAGCCCUAUUCUGUUUUUAGGUGAUAGUCUGUAAUUCAUGCCAACCAACUGCCAUACUGGAGGAUCUUGAAUAUACUUAUCAGCAUCCUGGGAGAAUGAAUGUACUCAUCUCUUUUCUGUUUGUAGUCAUUUUACUGUGCAGUAAUACAGACAAGCACAAUGACUUUUUUUUCUCUCUUUUUUUCUUCUUUUUGAAAAGGAACUGUUUUUCUGUACCAUUUGUGAAUAGUGUAAAUAAUCAUGCUGAAGUUAAAGUGUAUACGGCUGUUUUUUCAGGAGGGUCUUCUGAGACUGGGCUGUGUUUGAAGUGUGACUUUUUGUUUGUUUUUCCUUUCCUUUCUCUCGGUGACGAUGCUGUGAAUAAGAUGUAUGUACAGUAUUUACGUGAUUUUGGCUGACUGCUGAGUUCAGCAGUUUCCCUGUUAUUAGAGUAGAGACACAGGCAGAACUGAGCCUUCUCAUUUGACUGAUGCCUGCCCAGUUUUUGCAGUUGCUAAGAUACUGCUGUUAUAAUAACCAUCAAUCUUUGGAGUACUGCUAUUAAACGGCAUUAUAUAACUGA